CGCACCCGGCCUGCGCGCCAACGUUCCGCUAAGCCGCUCGCCAACCGGAAGUAGCCGGGCCCUUGACGAGAGGACCGGGCAGAGCGGAAGUCACUCCGUGAGGCAGUGGCGACAGCGGCGGCGAGAGGAUGAACAACAAGUUCGACGCCUUAAAAGAUGAUGACAGUGGAGACCAUGAUCAGAAUGAAGAAAACAGCACACAGAAAGAUGGUGAGAAGGAAAAAACAGAACGAGACAAGAGCCAGAGCAGCGGCAAGAGGAAGGCUGUUGUCCCUGGACCAGCAGAACAUCCCCUGCAGUACAACUACACCUUUUGGUACUCGAGGAGAACCCCCGGCCGUCCCACCAGCUCACAGAGCUACGAGCAGAACAUCAAGCAGAUUGGCACCUUUGCCUCUGUGGAGCAGUUCUGGAAGUUUUACAGCCACAUGGUACGUCCUGGGGACCUGACAGGCCACAGUGACUUUCAUCUCUUCAAAGAAGGAAUUAAACCUAUGUGGGAGGACGAUGCAAACAAAAACGGUGGCAAGUGGAUCAUUCGACUUCGGAAGGGCUUAGCAUCCCGCUGCUGGGAGAAUCUCAUCCUGGCCAUGUUGGGGGAGCAGUUCAUGGUUGGGGAGGAGAUCUGCGGGGCUGUGGUCUCUGUCCGCUUUCAGGAGGACAUUAUUUCUAUAUGGAAUAAGACUGCCAGCGACCAAGCAACCACAGCCCGAAUCCGGGAUACUCUUCGGCGCGUGCUUAACCUACCUCCCAACACCAUUAUGGAAUACAAAACUCACACCGACAGCAUCAAGGCCUGGGAGGAGUUUCAUGGCCUGGUGAACAGCAGCGGCCGCUGAUCGGACGCUCCCCCUCUGUCUGUCACACUCAGGGGACAAUUCAAGCUUUCGAAAUACAAAAAUCACAUUGUGAAAGUGCACAAGCUGGCAAUAAUCCUUUUCUGUUUGUGUGUCUGUCUGAAAUGGAUGCGAGGCUCAGGCAGUCCUUCUAUCUGCUCACUGAAGGGGUGUACCUGAGCCAUGUGCUCCCCUUCUGCACUCGUUCCUGGAAGACGGACUCUGCUAGACACCUUCCAGCACUGCUGACUUUUAAAGCAGGAAACAUGGGGAAACUGACUUUAUAAUAGACAGACACUUUCUAAUGGGGCUCUGUGCAGGAGUGCAGCUGUUUCCUUGUUGUGUGCUAUCCAGAUGCCUCUUGGCAUCCUGCUGUACUCUCCUGCUGUGCAGAGGACUUGAUUACCGACCACAUGUAUGUGCCCGUGCUGGGUCCCAGCUGAGCGUUAUCAGUGUUAUGAAUGCUUGCACAUCCAGGGGCAGCCUCUGCUUAGAGUUGAAGAGAACCGAAUGCCUCUUCCAGCUCUGCUUUAAGUUACUGUGUGUUUCUCUCCCCCACGCCCACCACUCUGAACAUGUUAGGAUGUGA